AGAGGGAGAUGCAGACGGGGAGGCAGAAGGAGCAGAACUGGACACAGGAGUGAAACAGACGAGGACUCACUCUCAGAGAACUACAGUCAGCAGCUUCACUCAGUCUUCUUUUCACACACUUAAGUGAUGGGCUGCAAUCUGCCAAAGGGGAGUGGUUCUGGUGAUGAUGUCAUCAGUCCAGGCAGAAUCCAGUCCACCGUGAGAAAGACGCAAAUACACUCCCAAGGGGGUGUGGCCUAUACAUACCACUUCCUGGACUUCCUUUUGGGAAAGGAAGAUGUAGGUGUGUCGUCUCUGCUCUGCCUGUCGUCGGUGAGAGAGUUACCUGUGCAGGUGAGGGAGUGGUGUGCGGGGUAUGAGCUGGUCGCUGUUCACCCGUUCGUCCACUCCUGCAGCCCAGAGGCAGCCAGGAUGUACCGCAGCCUGCACAGGGCUGUGCUCAUCAAGGAGGCAAACGGCUCUGAAAAGAGGCAGGAGUGUUGCUUGGAGACAGACGUGUGUUUCUGUGGUCACCAAGUUCCCGACCCAGAAGUGUUCCAGAACUACAUGAAAAAGGUUCAGGACCAGGCGGCUAAGGGUCUGGAACUGGUCGGACUUCUACAGCAGCCGGGGGGUGGACCCUGCUUCCCUGGCCACUGGAACUCUGAGGAGCUGUCCUCUCUUCACUCCACCCCCUCCCCUGUGCACAGCCAAUCAGAGCAGACUCAGGCCAACCAAUCAGAGAGCACGUCUCCAGACAUGAGCCUGGGCGAGGCGGAGGCAGAGUUCCUGGGGUGGAGGUGGGGCAGACAGGCCCAGCUGAGCUGGACAGUUAUAAACCAGGGCAGAGCGAUGUGGACACACGAGACCGUCCAGACGACGAUGGGGACGAGCAGAACACACACGACACACAGCCACCACAGGAGAAGCAGACACAGAACACACACAUCACACUCAACAAUAAUAAUGUUUAAAGAGCAGCUAUUCAUAUUCAUUCCCUCAUUGUAUUUGUUUGUAGGAGUGCAGCUAUUUGCGUUGUACAGGCACACAAAGAAUCUGAUUGGCUCACAGAGGUUCUACUCAGUCAGGAUUCCACUGCAGCUACAAUGGGAGGCGGGGUUUGUGACAGGAGUCGACGCCCACUGGCUGGAUCAUAUGAACCAACACUUCCUCAAUGGGGCCAGCCUGAUUGACGGAUUUCUAUGCCUUGUAGAAGACACAGCACCCUCUAGUGUUCAGGGGGUGUUCAUUUUCCAGGCCCCCCCAGAUGAUGCUGAGGUGACCACAUCCUAUGAUGCUAUAGUAGUGGAGCAGUGGACAGUUAUUGAAGGCGUAGCAGUGAAGGUGGACUACACACCACUCCUGUUAUCUUUGGCGCCGUUUGGAUGGAGGCUGAUGUGUGUGCUGCCUACACCUCUCAUCCGCACUAACAGCGACGGCAGCCUGGCCACCAAGCAGAUCCUGUUCCUGCAGAGGCCCGUGCAACUGCGCAGGAGGGAGCGCCGGAAGCUGCUCUUCAAACGGUUGAACAGGACAAAGAGAAACUCGCUCAACUGUGGAACAGAAGACGCUGAAACAGGAUGGGCAAUAUUUCCCCAGAGGGAGGAAGAAGCGGAGGAAGAGGCAGACGGAGAAGGAGAAAUGGAGGAGGAAGAGACAGGCGAAAGAAAAGAAGAGAUGAUCAAGGAGGAGGGCAAGAACCAGGAAAGCACAAAGAGUGCAGAGGGAGUCAGCCAAUCGGAACCUCUGGAUGAAAGAGAAGAUGGUGUGGCUACAGAGGACAAUCAGGAAGUAGGAGGGGCAAGUGAAUGUACCAAUCAGGAUGGCCAGAGUAAAGAGGAGGAGGAGCUUAAACAGGAAGAGGAAGUGAGGCAGUAUGCCACGCAUGCUCUGUUCUCUGGGGUCUGCUGACAGGAGUGACAUCCCUCCAUCAUAUCAACCAGCAACACUCCUCUCACAGAGCCAGAGGCUGAACACCCUGACCAGGUCAGAGGUCGGAGUCUGGAGACAACACACUGAAAAUGUGGACUGUGUGUGUAAAGCACAAAUCCCAACACAACUACAUCAAAUGGCUUUUUUUGUUAAGAUCCAACCCUUAUUUCUGUAUUCAUUUAAACUUUUGGCCAAAAUCUUUGAAAACUCCUUCGAGCUCCACCUUCAAGCGGAAUUUCGGUAUUUUUCAACCUAGGGUCAAAACAAGGUUAAUCAGAGGACAAAACAAGGUUAAUCAGAGUAGUUUUGAGUAAAACCGGAAUAUGCAUUUGUAAUGAAAUAGGAUAUAGCCUCAUAUAUAGCAUAUAGUCUCAAAAUAUCAUCACAAUUUAAUGCUGGUGUGGAGAGGGUCCCUGCAGAAGA